ACCGCCUAAGCGGGAAUUUGACAGUUUGGAAACAAAAACAAACGGAGGAGUUCACACAGUCAGUCAGCGUGGGUGAAUAUCUAAAGCUGGGCCGCUUGGCUGCUCCCCGGUAGCGCUGCUGCAGUCUGUGGAGGCAGAGAAGCAGCGUGUCGCCAUGACGCAGAGAAAGAGGCUGUCCAACACUCAGAGCUCCUCUCAGAGCAAGAGGCAACCGGGCACCUUAGUGUCUCAGGAAGAUGACGACGACGCAACCUUCACGCAGCCGAGUACGUCACAGGUCCAGAGAGGGCUGGAGAAGCUCACGCCUGCACAAGUCGACCAAAAGACAGCUGAGGUGGUGCAGUUCUUCUUGGUGAAGGACCAAAAGAAGCUUCCAGUACGCAGAGCAGACCUCGUGAAGCACGUGGUGAAGGACUACAGAAACAUCUACCCCGAGAUCAUGAAGAGAGCGGCGCGUACCUUUGACCAGGUUUUUGGCCUUAAAAUGGUUGAAAUUGAUGCCAAAAAUCACUUGUACAUACUCAUCAAUAAGCUGGAGACGGUGGAGGGAGCAUCACCCAACAAGAGUCCAUCCAAUCCAAAAACAGGUCUGCUGUUUGUGAUCCUGAGUGUUAUUUUCAUGAAAGGAGGCGUCGUCAGAGAAAACCUCAUCUGGAACACACUCAAGAAACUGCGCGUUGACCUCGGAGAGAAACACGAGGAGUUUGGUGAUGUAAAGAAAGUGGUCACGGACGAGUUUGUGCGUCAGAGGUACCUGGAGUACGUGCGAAUCCCUCACACGGAGCCGGUGGAGCACGAGUUCCGAUGGGGUCAGCGUGCUGAAGUGGAGGUGUCCAAAGCCAAAAUCCUCGAGUUCAUGGGUCAACUUCAUGAUCAGGACCCUCAGAGCUGGAGUCAGCAGUACAGAGAGGCUCACUCCUCGCAGGCCGCCACCAGCAGCCAGAGAUAGUCACGCUUACUUGAAGUCCAAAAACUUUUGCCACUGAGAAUUUUAUUUUUAUUGUGAACUACAAAAUCGUUGUUGGGGGGG